UAACAAACUAUAUUUAAAAAAAAAACUGAAAUUUAAAUUAUAAAAAAUUACUCCGUAUUAAAAAGAGAAAAAAAAAAAAGAAAAAGAAAAAGUGGCGGGAAGGAAUCAGACCAAACAGACGAAUCAAUGCGGGACUCGUGGUUGUUUUCAAUGAAGUAUAUAUACAUAUUCUUAAUUUCUGCUAAACACCAUCGUCCACACUUUCCUUAAAUUUCGACUUUCUCUCCCCCUCUCUCUCUCUCACUCUCCCCCGUUCCCAAAGUCUUCCAUUUUCCAUGUUUUAUUUUUUUGUCUCUCCCUUUCUCUCUCUCUAUAUCUCUAGAACAGGAUCAACCCAUUUCUCCGAUUCCCAAAAAACAGGAUUAUAAUCACGCAUAGAGGCAGAAAGGAGGAGAUUUAUUAUUAUUUUGAUUGUUAUUUUUGGGAAUGGGGAGUUAUAAUUAUUACAAAAUGUUCGGUUUUUUGAACCGGAAAUUCAAGAUUAGCGAGAGGGAGCCUCCGCCGGACGUGAGGGAUGCGUUUUCUCUGUACGCCGGGAAUGGUCCCCACAUGAACGCCGAGCAGCUGGCCCGGUUUAUGGUGGAGUACCAGGGGGAGGAGGGCCGCACCGCCGACGAUGCGGCGGAGAUAAUCCAACAGAUUCACGACCGGCGCCAGCAUUUGGCUAAACACAACCACCUCUAUCUUGAUCUCGACGGCUUCUUUGAAUUCCUCUUCCAAGAUGACCUCAAUGGACCUCUCAAUACUCAGGUAUCGAAUGAUAUGACUGCCCCGUUGCAGCAUUACUUCAUAUAUACGGGUCACAACUCGUAUCUAACGGGGAAUCAACUCAGCAGCCGGUGCAGUGAAAAACCGAUUAUCAAAGCUCUUGAAAGAGGUGUGAGGGGGAUAGAAUUGGAUUUAUGGCCAAAUUCUGCAAAAGAUAACAUUCAUGUUCUUCAUGGAAGGACCCUAACGACCCCGGUGACAUUCUACAAAUGCUUGGAAUCGAUUAAAAAGCAUGCUUUUGUGAAAUCUCCUUAUCCGGUUAUAAUUACUUUGGAAGAUCAUUUGACGCCUGAUCUUCAAGCUAAAGCUGCAGAGAUGCUUAGUGAAGUGUUCGGGGAAAUGCUUUACUACCCCGAGUCUGGAUGCUUGGAAGAAUUGCCUUCGCCUGAAGAAUUGAAGUACCGUAUUCUUCUUUCAACGAAAGCGCCCAAAGAAUACCUCGAGUCGAGGCAGCAGAGUGAGAAAGAAACCCCCGCCUCUCCAUCGGGGAAAGAUUCGUCAGAAGAUGACUCUUCCAUCAAAGAGAAGACAGAAAAUGCAGCAGCUGAAGAAAAUGAAGCCGAGGGGCGUCAGGUCAAUUCUGAUCCCGAUGGGGGAUGUAGCCAGGCCUCCACAAGCCAACCCGGGGGAACUGAGUGCAAUGCUGAACAACAGGAUCGUGUUGAGGCUGAGAAAGCCAAUGCUUCUGAGGCCGAGAAAACCAAUGCUGAACAACAGGAUCGUGGUGAGGCUGAGAAAAUCGAUGCUGAACAACAGGAUCGUGUUGAGGCUGAGAAAGCCAAUGCUUCUGAGGCCGAGAAAACCAAUGCUGAACAGCAGGAUCGUGGUGAGGCCAAGAAAACCAAUGCUGAACAGCAGGAUCGUGGUGAGGCCAAGAAAACCAAUGCUGAACAGCAGGAUCGUGGUGAGGCCAAGAAAACCAAUGCUGAACAGCAGGGUCGUGGUGAGGCCAAGAAAACCAAUGCUGAACAGCAGGAUUGUGGUGAGGCUGAGAAAACCGAUGCUGAAAACCAGGAUUGUGGUGAGGCUGAGAAAACCAAUGCUGGACAGCAGGAUUGUGGUGAGGCUGAGAAAACCGAUGCUGAAAACCAGGUUCGUGGUGAGGCUGAGAAAACCGAUGCUGAACAACAGGAUCGUGCUGAGGCUGAGAAAACCGAUGCUGAACAACAGGAUCGUGCUGAGGCUGAGAAAACUGAUGCUGAGGCUGAGAAAACCGAUGCUGAACCACAGGAUUCUGACAGGGGCAAGAAUGAUCUGGGCAAUGAAGGCGGUGAUGCUUCCACUCAAAGUGCUUUACGGUCAGGACCUGAGUACAAGCGUUUGAUUGCAAUUCGUGCUGGAAAAGCAAAGCAAGGCAUGAAGCAUGCAUUAACAACAGUACAAGAACGAGUAAAGCGUCUUAGCGUGAACGAGGGAGAUCUUGAAAAGGCGGCAGUGUCUUAUGGAACUGAUGUCGUCAGUUUUACACAAAAGAGUAUUCUGAGGGUGUUUCCUAAGGGAACACGGGUCACAUCAUCAAACUUUAAGCCUAUGCUUGGAUGGAUGCACGGAGCUCAAAUGGUCGCCUUCAAUAUGCAGGGAUAUGGGAAAUCGCUAUGGUUGAUGCAUGGGAUGUUUAGAGCAAACGGGGGUUGUGGCUAUGUGAAGAAGCCUCGGUUUCUCAUCGAAAGAGGACCAGAAGACGAAGUUUUUGAUCCUAAAGUAACAGUACCAUUGAAGUUUACAUUAAAGGUGACCGUUUAUUUGGGCGAUGGAUGGAGUCUAGAUUUCAGCCACACACACUUUGAUGCAUUUUCGCCACCCGAUUUCUACACAAAGCUUUUCAUCGUUGGGGCGCCUGCAGACUGUGCCAAGAGGAAGACAAGAAUCAUCGAGGACGACUGGGGGCCCAUCUGGGGAGAAGAGUUUGAGUUCCCCUUGACAGUCCCGGAGCUGGCUCUGCUUAGGAUCGAAGUACGAGAAUAUGACAUGUCUGAGAAAGAUGAUUUCGGAGGGCAGACAUGCCUGCCUGUCUCGGAAUUGAGACCCGGGAUUCGCUCAGUUCCUCUGCACGAUAAAAAAGGAGAGAAGUACAAAUCCGUUAGGCUGCUCAUGCGGUUUCAGUUCAUGUGAUCUCAUCUGUUAAAACGACACGAGAGUCCCACGACCUGCAGCAGUUUUUGUAUAGCAUUGUGAUCUAAGACAGAGCUUCAGCCUUGAAUGUGGGAUGACUGCUUUCUUAGCUGAGCUGAGCUAAACAGCAUCACAAACUACUAACACAAGCAUGAAUGUAUCAAUUCAUUAAACUGGUGUGAAACUGUGAAAAGGAUUGAGUAAUGAAUAUAUUUGUUUGAAUUCAGAAUUUUA